AUGCAAGCUCCGGUGGUGGUGAUGAACACCAAUGCCGGCGACAGACAGGUUGGUCGCCGGGCGCAAUUGUCCAAUAUUACCGCAGCUAAGACCGUCGCCGAUAUUAUCCGGUCAUGUCUCGGUCCCAAGGCCAUGUUGAAGAUGCUGCUCGACCCAAUGGGCGGCAUCGUGCUGACCAACGAUGGCCACGCCAUUCUGCGAGAAAUCGAGGUGUCACACCCCGCGGCAAAGAGCAUGAUUGAGCUCAGCCGUACCCAGGAUGAGGAGGUCGGUGAUGGAACUACAACGGUUAUUAUCUUGGCCGGUGAAAUGCUUGCUCAGGCCCUUCCCCAACUGGAACGUAACAUCCACCCCGUCGUCAUCAUCUCUGCCUUCAAGCGUGCGCUCGCCGAUGCUCUCCGAAUCGUGGAGGAGGUCUCCCUGCCCGUCGAUAUCCAUGAUGACAAGGCCAUGUACUCUCUGAUUCAGUCUUCUAUCGGAACCAAGUUCGUCUCUCGGUGGUCUGAACUCAUGUGCAACCUGGCCCUGAGUGCGGUGCGGACAGUGUCCUUCGACGUUGGUGGUGGCAAGCAGGAGGUGGAUAUCAAGCGGUACGCCCGUAUCGAGAAAGUCCCUGGUGGUCAGAUUGAGGAUUCCGAGGUUAUCGAUGGCGUCAUGGUCAACAAGGAUAUUACCCACCCUAAGAUGCGGAGGAGAAUUGAGAACCCUCGUAUUUUGCUUCUUGACUGCCCACUGGAGUACAAGAAGGGCGAGUCACAGACCAAUAUUGAGGUGUCGAAGGAGGAUGACUGGAACCGUAUUCUGCAGAUUGAGGAGGAGCAGGUGAAGCAGAUGUGUGAGGCUAUUUUGGCAUUCAAGCCUGAUGUUGUCAUCACUGAGAAGGGCGUUUCUGAUCUCGCACAGCACUUUUUGAUGAAGGCUAACAUCACCGCCCUCCGUCGGGUCCGGAAGACCGACAACAACCGCAUUGCCCGCGCUACCGGCGCUACUAUCGUUAACCGUGUCGAUGAUAUCCAGGAGUCUGACAUCGGUACCCGUUGUGGUCUGUUCGAGAUUGAGAAGAUCGGUGACGAAUAUUUCACAUUUAUGCGCAAGUGCCAGUCCCCUAAGGCUUGCACUAUCCUGCUGCGUGGCCCGUCCAAGGAUAUUCUGAACGAGAUCGAGCGAAACUUGCAGGAUGCCAUGGCUGUCGCCCGUAACGUGAUCUUCCACCCUCGCCUGUCCCCUGGUGGUGGUGCUGUUGAAAUGGCUGUCUCAGUCAAGCUGAGCCAGCUGGCUCGUUCUAUCGAGGGCGUGCAGCAAUGGCCAUACAAGGCCGUCGCUGACGCGAUGGAAGUUAUUCCGCGGACACUGGCUCAGAAUGCCGGUGCUAGCCCCAUUCGCGUUCUGACCCGCUUGCGUGCUAAGCACGUUGAGGGCCAUACCACCUGGGGUCUGGAUGGCGAUUCUGGCAACCUGGUCGAUAUGAAGGAGUACGGUGUCUGGGAGCCCGAAGCGGUCAAGCUCCAGAGCAUCAAGACCGCUGUCGAGUCCGCAUGCCUGCUCCUUCGUGUCGAUGACAUUUGCAGCGGCAAGUCGGCGCAACAGGCAGGAAACGGUGGUGGCGAGGAGUAA